CUAAAAGACGGCCGCUGCCAAUGGACGGCAAAAGCAGCUUCACGAGGACGGGCAGGGAACGAAGGAAUUUAAGAUUCAAUUCAACAUCCGCAAUCCACCUGCUUGACCCACAGCAGCCAGUUCGCGAAGGCGGAGGCGUGUCCCGUUUCGAGGGUCUCUGUUAGUCAGACGCUUGGCAAUAUCGUUCUCUAAAGUACACGGACAAAAGGAGGGUUUUGGCUUACUUAUUCUGUUGCUGCACAAACGUUCCACUAUGUCGGUCGGAGAGCAGCACUUUUGUUUCUCGCUCGGUCUGGGACCGGUUCCCGGCGCCGUCGACCCCGUGUAGGAAUUGCCUCCAGGGCUUGAUUUCGGGACUUUAGACGCUCGCAAUAUGUUUUCUUGUUUGAUUAUGCGAGACAAACAGUGCCCAGAUCUUCCGGCUGCGAGCCGGAAAGCGGGGACUCGUCAUUCGCAUCAUGUUCUGGGAAGGGGGGCGGUAGAACCGCUACCCGCCCCCGUCGGUGGAUUGUUUCGGUCCGCACGCGUUGUUUCGGGGCCAAUCCCGGUCACGAGAAAGUUGCGUACUAACCCUGUGAUCAACGAGUCCCCCAAGCUCCUUAUUUUUAAAGCCUUUGAGUACUUCGUGGAACCAAAGUCGACACCUAAGUGUGGGUCGCAUGACUCGAGACUGACACUAGCGCAGCGCUGUCUGUACCCCAGGACAAGGCGUGCGCAAUGCAGAUGCGAAGACAGCGAGUCGGGUCAGCGGCAAGAAGCGAGAUUUUCUUCAGUGUUAUCGAUUUGCCUUGCCACUCGGCUUAUUAUUUGGUGCUUCUUCUUAGUCUGUGUUGUCUCGGCAUCCGACUUGCCACCGUCCUCAUCGGCAUCGCAUCGGCGGGGACUAGAGAGGCGUGAUGUCAAGGGUAAUCUACAUUCAGAUGAGAAGCGUUUUCCAGGAUCCAAAAAAGUGGAUGUUGUUCCCGGCGCUCCGCCUUCUUCCGGCUCCGAAGGACACCAGCAACUAGCACCAGAAGCUUCAGACGUUUCCGGGGAGGGGGCGCGAGAGCGUGUACAGAACGAAAGUUCCAGAGAUAUUCCGUCAUCCAUUGGUACGCCUGGUCCUUCAGAGGGAGCCGAUGGAGUUUCCUUGGAUGGCACGAAUCUUCCAAAGGAUGCACUGCUGAGCACGAAGAACGGCAGUGCUGCGGCUGGUGUCUCUGCGGUUGACACGAGCGGGACUCCUGCACAGACCCAUGGCUCUGUGAUUUCGUCCAGCGAUCUGGGGCGGGACCAGGAAGGAAUUUUUUGGCAGCAGGGAGAGGAAACUUCCGAGACAAACAACGGUUCACCACUCGCCGGAUCGGAUGUGGAGGUCGGUCCGUCAUCUCGAGAAGCGACAGGCAGUGGUCCUGCAUUCGCUGGCAACAAAGAGGAGACCGGACCCCCCCUCGAGGACCGAAAGGGUCCGGGGGAAUCAGGACAGACACGCCUGGAUGCCGUAGAUUCUUCAAGCUCGACUCUGCCCCACGGUCAGGAAAAAAACGUCACUGGAGACGUGGCAGCGAGCGGGGGACUGAGCAGAGAUGAGAGUGGCGGCUCUAGUGGACUUUCGAGAGGCGGAAGAUUUUCCCGCUAUGCGGGCGACUUGGUGCUAAAAAGGUCUGCAUCACUGGAUGGUGAGACCAAAGGAGAGUGGCGCCCAGUCCGGCACGAAGGAAAGGGAACAGGGCUUCCCCCGUAUGCGGGCAGUGGAGGAAACGACCACCAUGACAGCCCCCCGUCAGACACAGGCGCUGCGGCUCUCUUUGCACCAGCCCUUUAUCGCCGCAUGUGCCUGAAGGUCCUCGUCCAUGACGAAUCUGCGCGGUUAUUCGCCGUACUUUUGCUCCAUCAUCUCGAAUGGCCAACGUUCACAAAGUACCGUCUGGGAACUGCUAUGUUUAUCAACAACCUCCGGAGGAAAGCUUCGAGUUUCGACGAACACCGGGACCCGCAGUAUGCCUUCUUGGAUUGGUGUCCGCUCCACAAAAUCGCAACGAGAGGUUUGAGCUAUCUUCGGACUCGCGUCCACCGGCGCUCCGACCUCCGGAUGAUUAAGCGGGAGCUGAUGACCUCGAGUCGAGAGUUCAGUUACAGUCUACGUCACUUGCCUGCGGUGCGGAAGCAAGUGAGCUCCCGCACGGGCUUGUUUCAGGCGCUACUCGUCACCUGGGACCUUUUUGCGACGUCCAUUGUGAAGUUCAAGCUUUUCGAAGUCGAGGACCCAUCGGCACUCACGACGCUUGGCCAACAGUCGCGCUACUUCAUGGAUCUCGCCAAGCACGUACUUGAUCUGUGGUUCAGCGAACGGGCGUUCUUCGUCCCCCUGAUGUGGGCCUAUGGAAGCUUCGCACCCGUCGUCAAUGAUGCCCCGUUCCGCCGGCCGCAGCAGAGCACGAGUAUUCUACUGAUGGACGGCAUGCGUGACUAUCUUUUUGGGGAGCGUCCACACCAUCAAAUGGGGGCAGGGAUGCUGUAUACGAGCCGUCAGCUGGACGCUCUUCGCUGGCUGGAGAACCACGUGAAGGAUGCCGUUUACCAUAAGCUUCGAAAGGCGUUGCGUCGCUUCCAGGGAUUCCCGAUGGUGUCUUCAUCGUCGACAUUGUUUGACCGGGAGCGCCGUUCGCCGUUCGUUUCGGAGAACGUGCCGUUUGUCGAUCAUUUUCCGGCGCUUUUCCGGGACAAACGUCUCCCGACGGUCCAAGUCACGGGGUACUUCCUGCGAGGCGAGCGGGGGGACGAAGUAAAGGCGGGGGUUUUCGGCGACAAUAUCGCAGACGAACGCAUGGAAGAGUUGAUGGCGGGUCUUCCGGCCCACAGCGCUCUGCUCCAGCUGACCAUGGUUGACGCAUGGGCGUGGACUAGAUGCGACGACUACGAAGACGCCUCACACGGAGACGGGGGGGCGCAUCGGAACCACACUGCCUUGACCGGGCAGAGCUGGGCACCGUGUCCAAAGGGGUCUCAGGACUUCGCAGUGCCUCUUGGGCGCUACCUUCCUGUCAGCACAGCUUCGCAGCUCCUCAACAUCGAGCUGAGGUGGGAUCCGUCGCUGCUGAAUGCAGCGGGGCGAACAGUAAUUCUCCUGAACGACAUCGUCGACCUUGACAGCGCCAGCGUGCAGAGUGCAGAAGCGGAUCCGGCGACGGACUUGGAUAUCCACGCAGUGCUGCUUCUUCCUGUUCAAGACUUCACCAGCACUGAAGACGUGCGGCGCGAUGUCGUUCGCCUAGUCUCUUGCCACACACCCUGCCAUCUGUAUGCCAAAUCGUCGCAACCGAGCGGGAUACUCGACCCGUCGCGCGUCAAGAUUCUCGGGACGGCUCGGUGGGUCGGCAGCGAUCAGCCACGGCUCCUGUUGGGGGAGUUCGGCCGCGGGAUCUCGUCGCAAGGCGUCCAAGGAUCUCUCGACCUGCUCGAAAAGGGACACAUUCUCGUCCACAUUUCAAUCACCGGUGUUGCCAGAGCGCCCCGGAAGCCCGAGGACGCAACCUCAGACAAAAGCCCCCAGGCAGCGGCUGCGGCGGACGGAGCAAGCCCAGGUUCAGCGAACGGGCAAGGCAACGGGAAAAGCACGCCGCGAGACAGGCAUGGCGUUUCUGGUGGAGGCGGCGAAGCUGGACUGGGAGCGCACCCCGCGACUGGCUGGGGUAUCACAGCGAAAGAGGCCUUCCGCAGGCUGAUGCGCCGCACGCAUGGAGGGCCCGCUCGCGUUGUGUAUAUACAACUGUCUGCCGAGGAGUUGCGAAAGGCCAAGGUGGACAAGAAGAAACAGCGCCGUGGAGGUCGCAUCCCGUGGGUUGCUGUGGCCAUCUCGAACAUGUGUGUAGUUUUUUUCUUUCUGAUAAUCUUCAUGUAUCUCCAGUGGCGUAGACAUGUGGACUUGCCCUGGUGGCUCAAAUGUGUGUGUACGAGUGCGGCUCCGUGGGUGGAGGAAGACGAUUCUUCGGAGGCUGCCGACAGCGACAACCCCGUAGAGUCGUGCGACACUUGUGAAGAUUCUUCUUCAGAGGACGAUCGCUCUUACUCGUCAGCAGUGGAUCCGGACGGUUUCGCGAAAUACAGGAGAGAACGGUCCGCGUCCAUCGGUUCCUGUGGCUUAGCAGGCAGCGAUCUAUCCAGGGCGAGCCGCUACCCGACCGCGGCGUCCGUGCCCCGGAAAGGGGGGUCUGGCCCGUACGAUUCUUAUUUUCAGUCGCCUCUUUCGCUUGCUCCGUUUGUGACGGAGCUCUCUUCUACGUCGGCGGCACUGCGGGAUUUCUCGGGGAACGUAGGAAUGCCUUUGGGCACCUGGUCUGGCAGCGCGUAUCGCUCGCCGCUCUGUAUGCUGUACAGGACCCAGCUCCCCCAUCUGGAGUGGGCGAUGCGCGAGCGAGGAAGUGCACACGCUUCGUUUCCCAGACUCCCGUCCACUUCUUUGUACGCCAGAGGUGGCUACGGCGGUCGGCAUAUGAGUACCGAAUUCUGGUGGCCAUCUUGGAAUAAAGCGGUCCGCAGCAACACGGCUGGCGGGAAAAUUGAGGGGGGGCGCCGGCCUGCUAACACAUUUCCAGGCACUCUUGAGGACGGGGACGAAACAGACGAUGCGGGCACACCCGAACAAGUAGAAAACGAUCUGUGUUCGGGGGCUGGAGAGGAGAGGCUAGAGAAAGAGAGGGCAGAGAAGGUCAAGGAUGAGGAGGGGGAGAAAGUAGAGACGGAGGAGAUGGAGGAGAAGCACGGAACUGCGGAGGGAUGCGACUAUGAACUCGUCGUGAGAUUUGUGGACUCUCGCGAACGCAGGAGCUCGUGGGUAUAAUGCCACGUGGGCAGCGUCCUGCACAUCGCCUGGCGUGCUUUCGGAAAUGUGUUUGUUUGGGAUUCGAUGGAUACUGACUGCGUAUAAAGAUGAUGUUUGUCGAGUCAAAGUAUCCUUUGUCAGGCGGCGUAGACGGGUCGCGCGAGUGUGCGAAAGAAUGGGUUUUGAGGAAGCAGGGAAACGGGGGGUAGAGUGGUAACAUUCCUAUGGUAGCAGCUGCUAGAUCCAUAAGUGGAUGUACUCCCGGUCUGUGCGAUUUGCUGUCGGUUGUCUGGAGUGUCAUUUGCAAUCGUAUGGCCGGGACGUAUUGCUCAUUUUGUGUAUUAUUUAUUGGCCAACUAGGAUACACCUCUCGUGAGGUGGUCUCGGCCAACAGAGAUCCUUGUACUUUUGUAUCGAGAUAUCUCCUCAAAAUUGGAGGUCUAGGCAUGCGUUUAGAUGCAUGUACGCGGCGGCUGUCCCUUCAUACAUUAUAGUGCUGCAGAGAAGACAGCUGUGAAGCCGACGUCACUGCAGCUGAUCGCGUUGAGCACAGUUUGAAGCUCUGUGUGGUAAUCAUUUCAAUACCAGUAAAACAAAUCUGAGAAGCGAUGUUCAUCUGUGGGGAAACACCCUUUUCGGUGGAGAGAUGAAACGGUUUUUCAUCAUUGUUUUUGCAGCGUGUACAUUUUGGCGGGUGGCGGUGAUGGCUGAAUUCCGUCAUCUUUCAUGGGUUACCGUGGCACACCGCUGACGCCCUUAUCCUUGUUGCCUGCCUUGUAAAUGAUUCUUUCCGUGAUGGUAGUGAAUGCAUUUCUUAGUGUCAAGUAGGGGUGGGUGUGAGUCUGUUGCGUCAGCAGAAUCAUGCAGGGUUUCCGGUAUAAUCCUUGUCUAUUCGUCGUCGUCUCCCAGGUGGCUGGCCCCCAUGUCUAUCCACCUUCAUCCUUUGAUAUGCCAUCAGUUGUUCCACUUUUUCUGGAGAGGUACUUUGUGUCCCGCACCCAGAAAAAAGUGGCUUUGGUUCACUAAGCUCGAAUAUGAAAUCAUGAGUUGCUUGUUCCUGAGCAUAUGUAGGAUUUUUGUGAUCUGGGUCCCUGCCGGGGGGGAGGGGGGCAGUUCAUCGCCCAGGUGAAAAAAUCUCUGGUGGUAAAAGGUUGAACUUGAGUGGCUGCAGUUGCGGUCGUUCAGCUCGGUAUUUCUGUUGGUGC